UUUAUUGCCCUAUCUAAUCUUAAUUCUUCAAUUAUUUUAUUUCCUUUUAAGUCCUUUAGUACCCACUCUUUAAUCACCUAUCUAAUCUUAAUUCGUCAAUUAUUUUGCAGAAAUUAUUCAUCUAGAUCUCUACAUCAAAAGUUUAUCAAGGAUGUCAAAGGCUUCAUCAAUAUGGCUGCCUAUAUUCUUUUUAUUUGCUCAACUAUUUCAUGCUUCACAAGCUGAUCUUGGAACUGCCAGCCAGUAUAAGCCACCAUAUACACCAACGGAGUGUUUUGGGAAUGAUCCAACACAAUUCCCAUCAAGCAACUUCUUUGCAGCAGCAGGGGAAGGAAUAUGGGACAAUGGAGCAGCAUGUGGAAGACAAUAUUUGAUCAGUUGUAUUAACUCAGUGUUGCCAAAAGCAUGUAAAGCUGGAGAAACAAUUCAGAUAAAGAUAGUUGAUAGAGCAAAAACAUCACAAUCAAGGCCAACUAAAGAAGGAACCACCAUGGUUCUUUCUAAUGCUGCUUUAGCUGCAAUUGCUCUUCCAAAUACACCUUCACUCAAUAUUGAUUACAGACAGGUGUAGAAAUAUAGAUACAGGACGUGGGAUUCACAUUCUAUAUAUUCUAGAAAAUCUGACUAAUUUAUAUCUAUAAUAUGCUAGAAUGAAUCUUUGAUUAAUCCGUCAAUUAUUAAUAUUAGUCAUUGACUAAUUAUAUGUUGAAUCGACAAAAUUUGUCAUAUGUAAACGAACAAAAUAUUGAUUAAUUAGCAGCUAUUUAAGAAAA